AUGCAUGAUCUUCACAUUAAUUGCUUCCACUUGCAAAGACCUUCAACCGUCGUCAACAACCUAGCUGCGAGCCGUCCACAUUCUCCGGUCAAGCUGAAUACUGAAAAUCCUCACCAGGUGGUGAUUGGCAACGGCGUCGUUUCUUUCAACUUGUCAAAACCCGAAGGCCACAUCAUUGGAAUAUAUGGAACUAGCAAUGUACUUGAGCCUAAAAAUAAAGAAAACGAUAGAGGAUACUUGGACGUUGUUUGGAACAAAAAUGGAAAAGCUGGCAAGUUUCAGAGAGUUCUUGGGACAAAUUUCUCAGUCAUUGUAGCAAACAAGAAGAUAGUGGAGGUCUCAUUUUCAAGAACAUGGACGGCUUCCAUGAAAGGCUCAAGUGUCCCCAUAAACAUAGACCAAAGGUAUAUAUUGCGAAGAGGAGAUUCUGGUUUUUAUUCAUACGUAAUAUUUGAAAGAACACCAGGAUUACCUGCGGCGGAGGUUUAUCAAGUUAGGAUUGUUUUCAAACUCGACGAAGCCAGGUUUCGUUACAUCGCCAUAUCCAAUACUAGGCAAAGGAACAUGCCUUCUCAGAGCGAUAGAGAAAUGGGUACACCCUUGGAGUAUCCUGAAGCUGUUCUCUUAACUCAUCCAUCUGACUCACAAUUUAAGGGAGAGGUGGAUGACAAAUACCAAUACUCGAGUGAAAACAAAGAUAGCCGUGUGCAUGGGUGGAUUGCCGAGGAUGAUAUAGCAGCAGAAGGUUUUUGGGUGAUAACUCCAAGUAAUGAGUUCCGCAGUGCUGGCCCUAACAAGCAAGAGUUAACCUCUCAUGUUGGUCCAACAACUCUUUCUAUGUUCACGAGCACUCACUACGGUGGCAAAGAUGUAACCAUGAAUUUUGGUGAAGGGGAGACUUAUAAAAAAGUUUUUGGCCCUAUUUUUGUUUAUCUUAACUCUUGUCCAAACAAAGCUCGGUUUCGGUCUCUGUGGUCAGAUGCCGUAAAACAGUUAUUCAAAGAAGUGAGAAGAUGGCCUUAUGAUUUCGUUGGAUCGAAAGAUUUCAUUCCACCCAAUCAACGGGGAAUAGUGUCAGGAAAACUACAAGUCCAAGAUCGGUAUAUUAGAAUAGGGAAAGCUCAACCUGCUAAAAAUGCCUACGUUGGACUAGCUUUGCCAGGAAACGCAGGAUCAUGGCAGAAAGAAUGUAAGGGUUAUCAAUUCUGGACUCAAACUGAUAGAAAUGGACACUUCUUAAUUGAAAAUGUUGUACCUGGAGAUUACAAAUUAUAUGCAUGGGUUCCUGGCUUUAUUGGAGAUUAUAUAUAUCCAACAAAGAUUUCCAUCAGACCAGGGGGAAACAUCAAGUUGGACUCACUUGUAUAUUAUCCUCCAAGAAAUGGUCCAACUCUAUGGGAAAUUGGGAUCCCUGAUCGCUCAGCUGCAGAAUUCUAUGUACCAAACCCUAACCCUGGGUUCAGAAACAAACUAUACCCCAACAAUGGCUCAGACAAGUUUAGGCAAUACGGCUUAUGGGCACGUUACAGUGAGUUAUAUCCAAAGUACGAUCUCAUUUACACAGUCGGUGUUUCAGACUAUAAUAAGGAUUGGUUUUUUGCUCAAGUUACAAGGAGCACAGAAGAAAAAACAUUCAUGCCAACCACAUGGCAGAUUCGAUUCCAGCUUCAAAAUAUCUCAAAGGGAGGAAACUACACACUGCAAUUGGCCAUUGCAGCCGCUACUGGAUCUAAAUUGGAGGUUAGGUUGAACGAGGCGAAAGCAAAGCGUCCUUACUUCUCAGCAAGGCUAAUUGGCAAUGACAAUGCCAUAGCAAGGCACGGAAUCCAUGGAUUGUAUGAGUUGUAUAGUGUAGUUGUAGGUAGUGAUCAAUUGGUAAAAGGAAAGAACAUCAUCUAUUUGACUCAGUCAUUUGCCAAAAGUCCUUUCAUGGGAGUUAUGUAUGAUUAUAUUCGCUUUGAAACUCCUCCAACGGCUACUCAACUUUGUGCAUAG